UGAAACACAUGACUUAACAAGGGACACCUGUCCAUUCUACUGCACUAAAAAGUCUCAAACCUGCUUUCACUGCCCCUACCGAAACCGCGCCGGCGGAUCUGAAGAAGCUCUUCAGUGGCUCUCCAUCGCUGAAGAGCCCAGACCCCGCCUUGUCCUCCGAGCGAUAUGCCCGACUGUGGCGUAAGCCGCUGUGUGCGGAUGCGUUAACAUGCGUGAUGUUCAGCCUAGUUCUGCUGAUUCGGUUCUUUCCCGGUUCGAUCAGAUUCCAGUGCGCUCUCACCGCUUUCAGGCGAGCAGAGAGGGGGUCACCUGCAGCCCAAACCCCAGAUAUGGGUUUCUGCAGAAAGGUCAGAGCUGAUAUCCCUGGUGGUCCGCUAUACUGAGUCACUACAGGACUCCUAAGACCUGAAACGGUCAGAUGUAUUGGUUUUAGGGUAUAAAUGUAUUUGCGAUCUUAGCACCAUAAAGCUAAAUUAAUACUCCUCGCCAAGUUUGUAUUCUCUGGAUUUUAAGAUUUUUUUUAAAGCAUUAAAUCUGGUUUGUAAAGCCAGACAUGUCUCUGAGUUUGCAGACUUCCCACGGCUCGUAGCAAGCGGUAGCUCCGGUGCUGUAGGAGAGAGCAGAGGGUUUCAGUACUAUCGCCUGCAGCUGUACGUGAGAUUAUGGUGUGCUGUAUAAUACUUUAAAUCCUGCGAUAUUCCUCUCAUUGUGGUGCAGGUUGUGGACACCCACAGCGAGACAACAGGCUCCCACAUUAAACUCUCGUGCCGGAGAAGCGAGUGCUGGUGGGGACUAGCUCGCGGGCAGACCGGCCUCUGCUGCGGGCGCUUCGGGGACACGGGUGGCCUGUGCGGCUUUUUCUCCACUCGCGAUAGUGUUCUUGAGCGCUUAAAGACGGUCAUAUACAGCAGCAACGAUCUUCAUUCUCCACGGUUAAUGGUUUUAAAAUCUAACCUGGCUGCAAGUGUUCUGUAAAUUGUUGUAUAUUCGUUAAUAAACACCCCAUAACAAACACCAGCCUUUUCUGGCAACUGUAGAAAAAUUUAGUUACAAUCGUAGUUAAUUGCAUUUUGUUACAAAUUUGUUCCGAGAUGGUAGUAACUGGGGUUCGAUUUCCGAAGCUCUGUAAGUGUGGGGUAGGUUUAGAAAGGCCCAUAUAAAUACUGGGUAGCGACUUCCCAUGCAUUUUAUGGUUCCUAUGUAAUAUUCGUUUUGGGAAAAGUUUUAAUCUGCUGUUCCUAAAGAUUUUGGUUAGACACGAAAAUGUGUCUCAAGCACUCCCUCUGCCUAAUCCAUCCCUUCACAAAGGUGCGAUUCGCGAGGCUGGGCGGCAGGGUUGUCGGCUCUAUUCUUGCCUUGGUUAAGGAUAAAUCGAUUUCAAUAUCAUCUUUAAAAUAAUGAAUUGCUGGGGGAAAACACUUCAGUAUAUAACAGCACGCCGAAGGUCUUAUAAGGCGUUAUGAGAGAGGGUAUUGGAGAAAACGGUGGUCAGAGAGUCAUUAAAACUUCACAUUUCUACCAGCCCCCGACGUCACGUCUGAGCGGCGGCAGUAAUCUGGUAAACGGAAAUAUAGAGCUCGUUUUCUCCGUGAAAUCCCCGGGCCGGAUUUUUUUGCGGGCGCUAUCGCACCUUAAAAAGGGUUAAAUGUCUACAGAAGGGUGGGGCCACAGGAGAGGAAAAAGGUAGAGAGAGAGGUAAUGUAGGCAGUCGCAGCGCAGUGACUGUUGAACUGAAGUCUCACCUGGGACGGUGCUGCCCGGGCCUGACUGUGGGACCGCUGGGGCAGACAGGGACCAACCCCUUCAGAGCACCUUGACCUGACCUCCACACGGCACGGCCUCCCAGCUCGUUCCUCGGCGCCUUUCCCCGCGACUGGCUUCGGUUUUUAAAAAGAAACGGAUUCCUUCUCUCCGGACAGCCGGGCUCGAUCGACAGAUGGUAGCAGGCCAGCUGCUGUGUGGACAGGAGUGCUGCACGGAGAUGCACUGUACAUCGCGCCAUCCCUGAGCUGCGCCACGCUGCCCCCAGCCUCGGUCUCUGGCUGUGACCUCCAGGGUGACCUCACUGGGCAGCUGCUCCCACCUGCUCUGCUGCGCUUGCCUGUGUCUCUGGCCAGCGGGAGCGAUGUUCUGAUCCACACGCUCCUGUCCAGGGGAAACGGAAUUGGUCUUCGCUCGCUGUGCCUUUACCCGCUGGGUGCCUGGUCGCAGCUGUACUGAUCUCUGUCGAGGAAGCCCAUGGCGCACCCCUACGAGCCCUGGUUCCGGCCAGCGCCCCCCAGUGGAAGUGCCGAGGACAUGAGUGUGCCCUCCUGGUGGGACCUCCACGCCGGGGCGGGGAGCUGGAUGGACCUGCAGGGGGCACCGGGGGGGCUACAGGGCGCAGGGCAAGGGGGGGCUAUGGGAUUGCAGACCCUGGGACCCUACACUUCAGACCCCCAGCUAUGUGGCCCUCCCCCCUCCCACCUGGGCCCUCCGUCCCCGCACCUCUUCUCUCAGGACGGCUUCAAGCCGAUGGAGACGGCCGGGCAGGAGCAGCAGCAGCACCCCUUGGACGAGCCCAUGGAGAGCAGCAGCCGCCCCAAGUCGCAGCGGCGCUCGGCCCCCCGCGGCUCCGGCCAGGCUGUGUGCCGCUGCCCCAACUGCGUGGACGCGGAGCGGCUGGGGCCCUGCGGCGACGGCAGCAAGAAGAAGCACCUGCACAACUGCCACAUCCCGGGCUGCGGCAAGGCCUACGCCAAGACCUCGCACCUGAAGGCGCACCUGCGCUGGCACAGCGGGGACCGGCCCUUCGUCUGCAACUGGCUCUUCUGCGGGAAGCGCUUCACGCGCUCCGACGAGCUGCAGCGCCACCUGCAGACGCACACCGGCACCAAGAAGUUCACCUGCAGCAUCUGCAACCGCGUCUUCAUGCGGAACGACCACCUGGCCAAGCACAUGCGCACCCACGAGCCCCCCCGCGAGGAGGAGGAGGCGGGGGCGGCCGUGGGGAAGUGCUACGAGCCGCCGCCGCCCUCCAGCGCGGCUGCCGCUGGCGCCGGCGAAGCCCCCCUCAAACCCAAGAGGGAACCGGAGUCCAGCUGCCCCGGGGGAAGCGGCCAGCCCAACUGAGGGCGCAGCCGGGUCCCGGGUCCCGGCUCCGGGCUGGAUACACAGUGCGACGGGGCGCGGAGCUCGGCACUGCGAGCAGGGAGAGCCAGCGAGGGCUGCUGUGCUAGUCUAGUCAAAGCCAAGGCCUAGUCAACUCUUAUCAAUGUUCAAUGUCUGUAGUUGUGACGCAAAGAGCACCUGAUCUUCAGAGUCCUGGAUAGUCGUAGGCAGAGAGCUGCACAGGGCCUAGCGGCUGACCCUCUGGCUGCUGACGUGUAGGGGGCGCUGUUAGGUCACGAGACAAGCUGGUGCUGUAGGUUAGAGUAUCAGCUCGUAUUCGCAAGGAAAGCUUUAGGAUGCCCCUCUACGACAAGACAGGCUAGAGGGAAGGUAUUCUGUAGUUUGUAUGAUUUCUAAUAAGGCACUUAUUCCUGUUUGAUUUUCAAGUCUGUUUAAGAUCUUCACUAAGUCUCGGCUCCUGGUUGGCUGCUGGCUGCUCUGCUGUAUCAGCCUGCGGACAUGAAGUCGCCCCUGUGGGAGAAGCCGUGAGGCAUGGACACUGGAAGUGAAAGCAGUACUGUGUACUGCACGUACAAGCGCACUGAUAUUUUGGGUCUUAAACCACUGUUGAAGUACAUCAGCUUCUGCCUUUCUUGGAACGGAUUCGGAGUGGUCCAGAGAACGAAGCCCCACACCUCGGUGGGGUGAUCUGGCGCACUGAGCACUGAUGCCCAAAGGAGGCCGCUGUGGUCGUUAUUUUAAAAUAUUGAUCUGGACCAGAAAUUCUCUAACGCUACAGGGUCCUCCUUCUCUCUCACACACAAACCAUGCAAGGUGCCGGGGGUUGUUUUUUUUAUCUCUAAUAUUUCCAAAGCCCCUGUGAAUACUGAAGCCAUACGAAUCGCAGACGCCAGAGAACUGAGCACGGCCUGUGCUACAACAGUCACUUCGCUGUUCCUGACAGUACAAUGGAGCUGCUGUCUUUAUUUGCCAUUCAGGAGGGAGCUGGUGUUUGUGUGAGAGGUGAACAUCACUAAUGAAUGAAAUUAAGUUUAAGUACUGUAUGACAUAUUUAAAACUUUGUGCUUUCUUAAGAUGGAGAAAAUAAAAUAUUAUGAGAUUUAAAAAAAGAUGCUGUAUGUUAAUUUAUGAUGUUUGGCAUAUUUAAAUCCCAGUGUACACAGCAGCUGUGUUUACUGGUUUGGCAAUUUCUCUGUUUUCUGUCCUUUGUUUUGAUUUGAAUUCUAAGGGGGAGGGGGCUUAAUUAAGAAUAAUUUCCCUUCUGUUUUCUCCGAUUCCCUCCUUCUCAUCGCCGCACUGCCACGCUCCGCCAGCAGGGGGCGAUGAGUAAUCACCAGUUUUACCGUGUGGCUUCUUCAUCUGUUAGUCGGUUUUGAUAGUUUUUUUUUAAGUUUUAAAUUGAGAUUAAAUUUAGAGAAUAACUGAAUAAAAGUGGUAGAAAAUCAAGUAGGUUGUUAGUGUAACACUGUGAACUUUGUGUAAUGAGAUUAAAAACUUUUUUGUAGUUACAGUUAUUUGUGUGUUGGGUUUUUUUCUGAACGCUGAGCUGGAGAAGUGUAUUCAAAGCAAACUGACAAGGGUAGAACAUUGUUCACCCAGCAUUCACAAAUAUGCCCAGACACAGCCAGGGCCACACUCAUUCUUGAGA